AUGUCGUGGAACAACGCUCCCGACGGCGGCCCUGCCACUGAAGGCUACGGCGGCGGUGGUGGAUUUGACGGCUUCAGCAACGAUGCCAGAAACUACGGUGGUGAUACUGGAUUCGGUGGAGGCGACUUCGGUGACAGCGGCGGUGGUGACCGUGCCUGCUUCAACUGCGGUCAGCCGGGCCACAACAAGGUGGACUGCCCUGUUCCCCGCCAGUUCUCUGGCGAGUGUAAUAGUUGCGGAAAAGAGGGCCAUAUGUCUAAGGACUGCCCUGAUGCCGGCCCCAUGGUCUGCCGCCGCUGCAAGAAGGCGGGCCACAUGGCUCGUGAGUGCAGCAUGCCCAUGGUCUGUCCUCGCUGCGGUGAGGGCCACCAUGUGUCCGAAUGCUCCAUGCCCAUGAUUUGCCGCGUUUGCAGCGAGGAAGGCCAUUUGGCCAAAGACUGCCCAUCUGCUCCGCCCCGUGUCUGCAACAACUGCCAGGAGGAGGGCCACGAAACAAAGGACUGCAAGUCUCCUCGCAAAAUCAUCCGCGACGACGUUCCCGAAGAGGCCCCCGAUAAGGCCCUUGAAAUGAUCCGCGCGGCUGCGACCGAAAAGGACCUCGAUGAUGUCAAGGCAGCCUUCCUGAUGUACGUCAAGGCCUGUCCCGAUGUGACGUACGUUGAGAUGGAACAGAUGUUUCGCAACGAGAACAUUGGCGUCUACCUGAUUGGUGUUGAGCGCAGUGACCUGUCAGUCACCCUCACGAACAUGGAUCUUCAGGGCAACCUUGAUCGCAAGUACACCGUCACGUUCCGCUUCCAGGACAAGCCUUCGCGCCCCCGUGAGAAGUCUAUCUGGCCUGCCAAUGCUGAGGAGAACUUGGCCCGCUUGGUCAAUGGUGGUGAACCCGUUGCCCGUGGCAUCCCGCUGUGCAUGAACUGCCGCGAGCUCGGCCAUACUUCGCGCGGCUGUCCCAAUGAGCGCAUGGAAAACACCGAGCACGCCUCUGUUGCUUGUCAGAACUGUGGCAGCGAGGGUCAUCGUCUGCGUGAUUGCAAGGCUCCUCGUGUCGACAAGUUUGCUUGCCGUAAUUGUGGCCAAAGCGGCCACACCUCCAAGGAGUGCACCGAGCCCCGUUCCGCCGAGGGCGUGGAGUGCCGCAAAUGUAGCGAAACCGGCCACUUCUCGCGUGAUUGCACCCGGGGCGGCGGUGGUGGCGGCUGCCGCAACUGUGGUCAAGAAGGCCACAUGGCCCGCGACUGUACGGAACCACGCAAGAUUAUGUGCCGCAACUGUGACCAGGAGGGUCAUACGUCUCGCGAUUGUCCGGAGCCCCUCAACAUGGAGAAGAUGCAGUGCCGCAACUGCGACGAGUAUGGCCAUAUGUCCAAGGACUGCCCCCAUCCUCGCAACAUGGAACGUGUUCGCUGCUCCAACUGCAACGAAAUGGGUCACUUCCAGUCCAAGUGCCCGGGGAUCAACAACGGCGGGAAUGGCGGUUUCGAUAACGGCUUCGGCGGCGGGAAUGACUUUGGCUCGACCGCAGAUGUCGGCCAGAGUGGUGGCGGCGGCGGCGGUUGGUAA